ACAGAGUUGCUCUCAGAACAUGGGAACAAAACAGACUCACAUCUGUGCAGUUCAGCAGAUCAGCUUUUUGCUGAAAGCCACGCUGUUGUCUGUCCUGCUCAAACAAGUGGCAUCAGAUUCAGAUGAGCUACUGCUGUCUGAGUGGGAGAUCUGGAAGAACACCAAUGGCAUUACCUAUGAUAAAAUGGACGACAUUCAGCGGAGGGCCAUCUGGGAGGAGAACAAACAGCUGAUUGAAGACAAUAAUCAAGGGUUUUUUAGAGGGAUGAGGCCAUUUACUAUGGCCAUGAAUAAAUAUGGAGAUCUGACAAGUCAAGAAUAUCAAGUUCUGCAAGGUGCUACCAUAGACGCUCAGUUCGUGAGGAGAGGGAGGAGCGUCUCAGCCCGGAGACUGCGUAACAAUGCUAGGAAAUUAGAUGGUUGGUUUGUAGACUACAGGAAGAUGGGUUACGUCACUGAAGUCAAAGACCAGGGUUACUGUGGCUCAUGUUGGGCUUUCAGCACCACAGGAGCUAUAGAAGGACAAAUAUACAAGAGAACAGGUCAACUUAUGUCUCUGAGUGAGCAGAACCUGGUGGACUGCUCCAAACCCUUUGGCACAUAUGGCUGUAACGGUGCCUGGAUGGCGAACGCCUAUGACUAUGUGAUCAGCAACGGGCUACAGUCCACGAACACCUACCCAUACACCUCAGUGGACACCCAACCGUGUUACUACGACAGCAGACUUGCAGUUGCCCACAUCAGAGACUACAGGUUUAUUCCCAAAGGGGAUGAGCAGGCUCUGGCUGAUGCUGUGGCAACUAUUGGGCCCAUCACAGUUGCUGUUGAUGCAGAUAAUCCCAGCUUCCUGUUCUACAGCUCAGGAAUAUAUGAUGAGCCCAACUGUAACCCCAAUAAUCUUAGCCACGCUGUGCUGCUGGUUGGCUACGGCUCUGAAGGAGGACAGGACUACUGGAUCAUCAAAAACAGUUGGGGUACAGGCUGGGGAGAAGGAGGCUACAUGCGAAUGAUCAGAAACGGCAAAAACACUUGUGGAAUUGCAAGUUAUGCUUUGUACCCAAUUCUAUAAUUCUGAUAAACACUGAAGAGUUGAAUAUCAUUCGUCAUGCAGAGGACUGUCAAUAGAGCGCCUAAAAAUACCAAUAGUCAUUGCUUACACAAAGCAUGUCAUGUCAACUACUCAUUAUUUAUAAUUUCUGAUGUUUUGUACAAAUACUGACAUUAGCUGAAAACAACACAGAAUACAAAAAUGUGGCAACUACACAAACAGUGCCCUCUUAUCCUACAUUUUACUAAUAAUAAAACAUGACAAACAGUAAAAUAAUUCAAGUACAAUUAGGUAAGUUAGGACACAAGUGACAAAAAAAAGUGAAUUAAUCAUAAAUGAAAACACAAUAUUCUCAGGGAUUUUGCUAUUUCGGCCUUUUUUUGUGAGGAAUGACUAAGCUAAUAAUGAGUUAUGUGAGAGAAUGUUCCAUAAAUAUUGCUGUUUGAACAAUAUGACCGAUUUAUUUUACCACCUUGACUAUGAUCUUACAGGUAAAAGAGGCUGACUAGUAGUAGAUUGUCAAGGCCAAUGCAAUAAUAAUCGUUUAGCUAGAAAAGGCUGAUUAAUCAUCUAAUAUCACCCUCCUGUCACAUCAAGUCAAAGCCGUAAACACUUACAUAAAUAGAUGAAUAAAUGAGGAUCACUGAACAUUGAACUCCAACUUAUUAAACAAUAAUAUGCACUGUGAAAAUGUAGCUGAGAACAAUUUUUUAAUCUAUUAUAUUCCCUCAAAGUCAGUAAUUCCUGUGAAGAAACCCAAUAUUAUUCAUUCAAGACAAGAUCUAGCUCAGACAAUAGCAAAUAAAGUAGGUCGGGAUGUCUUAAUUUUGAAUUUUUAACAAAUCACGCACUGUUAGUGGAAGCUAAAUGUUCUGUUCUUUGUCUUUGGUGUUUUUGAUAAGUAACAUGUCUUUAUUAGACUGGAAAUGAACUACAUAUUGCAGAAGGAAAUGGUUGGAGGGAUGGUGGUGGUGCAGGACACUCAUCAUAAAUAAAUUCAUAUCUGAAGUUUUUGGUUUCAAUGUUUCAGGCCUCAAUCUAGAUCUUUUUAAGAUAAGGCUACAAAGCUUAAGCUUGUAUUUUCAAUGGAAAUAAUGUUUUUUUCCCCAUCUAUUUUUCACUGUAAUAUUCUUGAAUUUUUAACUACUGUAAAGACUUUUCUACUACUUCAUCUGGGAUCUUUUGAACUGAUAGACUGACUAAGCAGAAAAUAAUAAAGUGAUUUCACUUUUCAUUGU